AGUGGAAAAUGCUGCGUUUGCUUGUAGUGCUGUUUACCGCUGUCUUCGGCCUUGGGCACUGCCUAUCGUUGAAUGUUCCAAAUAAAGUGGCAAUCGAGGGAUCCACCUGUCAGGCCGGUGACGUCAUCGGUCAAUGUGUAGGAGUACGGGAAUAUCCCGAAUAUCUCGCAAUACUGCGCAAAUCGAUACGAACGGAGCAGGAAACGGCAUUUCUGUACGCCCAGUUCUGCGGCUAUACGACAAAGCGGAAACCCCUGGUGUGCCAUCCGGUGCAGCUGAACGAACCGGAAUGCGGGGCACAGUUUACGGAUCGAAUCAUUAAGGGUACACUGGCCAGGCUGGACGAGUACCCGUGGAUGGCGCUGUUUCAGUAUAGUAAGCCUUACAAUAAAACCGGUUUCCACUGCGGAGGAGUGCUGAUCAACAAGCGGUUCGUCUUGUCGGCGGCCCACUGCUUCGUGGGGCUGCGAUUCGGCUGGGAGGCGAGCAAGGUUCGGCUGGGUGAAUGGGACUGCGAAUCGGACCAGGACUGCACGGGAAUCGGCCCCGACCGGGACUGUGCCCUGCCGGUGCAGGAAUUUGAUCUGGAACGGAUCAUGCUCCAUGAAGGAUUUUCCGUCCGCGAUCAGCACAAAGCGAACGACAUCGCCUUGGUGCGGCUGGCCAGGGAUGCAGAAUACAACCAUUUUGUGAAACCGAUUUGCCUUCCCGAGCCCGGCUGCGUGCCAAAAAUGACCCGACUGUACGAUGGCGUACUGGUGGCUUCCGGGUGGGGAAAGACGGAGAAUGUCUCGUCGAGUCGCUACAAGCUGUACACCGAGCUAUGGUCGACGGAUUCCCAAAGCUGUAAGGAGUCCUACGCCAAGGGGAUUCGAGUUCUGCUAACGGAGGCUCAAAUUUGUGCCGGAGGUAAGGACGGACAGGACACUUGCAAUGGCGACUCCGGAGGACCGUUGAUGAAGGAGGUGAGCGAGCAAGGCCGGCACUAUGUGAUAGGAGUGGUGAGCUUCGGACCGAAGAAAUGCGGAGAACAAUUGCCAGGAGUGUACACAAAAGUGGAGCACUACCAUCAGUGGAUCGUGCAGAAAGUGAUCGAGUCAUCUUGAAUAAAUAUCGUA